AGACGGUUCCGAAAGAACUGCACCCGAACAACAAUAUAUAGUAUAAAUUUUGUUAAGUUCGAAACUGUCUGGCCAAGGUCUUGGCUGCGUCAACUGGGAACAUCUAAAUAUUGUAGUGCAACUGCAAUUUUGUGUUAAAUUGUUACUGUGUCUGGCUACUAACGCGGAUAGAUAAACAAUGGCGAAAAAUGUGAAAAAAUAGAGCGGUGCGUCACCUCAUGUUACGUGCUUAUGAGUGAUUGGGACAAAAUACAGUGCAAUUUCUGCGAUGGCUCCAUUUAAACUCAAGUUCCGCAUGGGCAGUGGUUCGUCGCGUAGCACGUCUCAGGAACAGCAUGCUCCAGUAGAUAGUCAAACCAAUUCUCUUGGAGCAUUUUCGAACAGUACGAACGCAAUCGAUUUUAUUGAUAGCACCAUUCUGGAGUCAGAGCAGAAUAACGAUAAUCUUGUUUCGAUGAGCAACGAUCAACGAGCCUUAUUAUUAACCAGUGAUACUCCCGACGAACAAAUUUCAGGAUACGACAAUCCUGCUCUAAGCAACACCGAAACAGCGAAUAUCAUACCUCUUAGUCCGCCCCCGUCAUACGAGUACGUGCUGGAAGAAAACCGCAUGGCAGCAUUGGACAAGGAAAACAAUCGGACAUCUUUAAUUAGCGAAUCCAUGGCUACUCUUAACCUGGAGCAUGUGUCAAGCAACUCAUUGGGAGCGGAGAACAGUUCAGUUUUCCCAGAAAAGGACACACCUAGUUCGACCACACACCAGGAAUCCACAGAUUCAUCUCUACACACCUUCAGCUCGGCGAUCACUUCUUCGCAAGAGAACUUGCUUAAUUGCACCGGCUCUUGUAACUCUGUGUAUCAGCUCAGCUGCAAUACAGCACUGCAAAGUUUAGUUGAAGAUGUGGAAACAAUGACUUUUGACGAAACCUGCCUUUCACAAGACAACCAGGAGGGCCUAGCUUCUGACGAAGAGUGCAGCGUUGAUAGCACUGCCCCGCAAAUUCUCUAUUUACACACCGGCUCUCGGAGCGAAGUAAAGGGUCCAGAAAUACUUUACAAGUCCAGCAAACGACUAUACAAAGCUGUAGCCAAAGAGUGCGGGAUCUCGUGCAAGAUGUCCGAUCAGUGCCGGUGCUUGGAUUGCCAAAGCCGAUACUUUGAUUGCGAGUACGAUCAGAAUGAGCACGAGAAAACAGACGGAGGCCUAGGCGCCGGGACACCAAUGUUCAUCAGUGAGGUGAUGCACGGUUCUGCAUGCAGUAUUCUUUAAGUCGGCAUGAAGCAUAGGGUUUUGAUACGCAAACUAAUGUAUUAAAUACUGUUCUGGAUGUCAUAUAGCGCAUGAGUAUUUCUAGGAUUUUAGUCAGAAACCCCAAUGGCAGGCGGUAAAGUCGAUUUUGACGGUGUAACAUUAAAUAGAACGAUAUGCAAUUGAUUAAAUGAAAAAGACCAGGGAAACGUUAGUUUUCUUCAACUUCGCAGUAC